GCCUCUUUUCUUCAUGCCCAACAACACCCGGCCGGGCUGCACCACAAGCACCAGGGUCGUGCAUUCACGUGUCAGCGGUCUCUCUAAAGAAGACGCCUGUGCAUAUGAAGGGGAAGAGUGCUGCCGAGCAGAGAUGGCUGGUGCGGCAGAUCAGUGACACUUUCGUUAAAGCUGCUCACGUACAGAAUUACCGCUGUAGAAGUGCCUUUAAACUGAUCGAGAUAGAUGACAAAUGCGGACUUCUCAAACCUGGUUUGAGUGUCAUAGAUUGUGGUGCUGCUCCUGGUGUAUGGAGUCAAGUUGCAGUCCAGAGAGUCAACUCAACAGGAGAAAGUGUGGAUCUUCCUAAAGGAAGCGUAAUAGGAAUAGACAUACUACGCAUCGCCCCUUUGGAUGGAGCUCAGUUGCUGUCCAAUCAUGACAUCACUGAGCCCUCAACUCACAUGGCGCUGGAGAGGCUCCUCCCUGAAGCUCAAGCAGAUGUCAUCCUCAGUGACAUGGCCCCCAAUGCCAGUGGGCUCAGGGAACUGGAUCAUGAAAGAUUGGUCACCAUGUGUCUAUCAGUGUUGGACUUAGCUGACAAGGUUUUGCGCCCCGGAGGCUCUUUGAUUUGUAAAUACUGGGAUGGAGCUUUGGCCCGUAAGCUCCAGCAGAGGCUUUCCUCAAUGUUUCAAAAUGUAAGAACUGUAAAACCAAGAGCAAGCAGGAAGGAGUCAGCAGAGCUUUUCUGUCUGGCGAGGAUGUUCAAAAUGAGAUAGAAAGUCUUUUUCAUGCAAAUGCAUUUUUAACAUAUUAUAU